AUGUGUGAUGAAAACGCUGCGAGCGAGCGCACCUACACCUGCUUUCGACUGGCUAACCGAAAUAUGUACGGGGAAUGCAAAAACAAGGUAUCCGACGCGAACUACUCGGCGCGGUGGAUGAGGGCGGAGGGUGGUGGAUUGCGUGGAGGUGAUACGGGCGCGUGUUUUAUAUUAUUGAGGCCCCUGUGGCCUCCGGGUACCGUUUGCCCUGUUUACAGACGUGAAGCGAUGCCCUCGUCCAGCGCGUUUCUCGUGGAAUUUGCAGAAACGUUGCCGUGGAAUAUGCUCCGUCGUUGU